AUGUCGUCAUCAUCGGUACCCCAGCCCACACAAUCAACUAUUGCAAGUGGAGAUGAAAGCGACUAUAUGGUAGAUGUUGAACCUGACAAUGAAGAGGAGGAGGAAGAUGAAGACACUCUACUGGAAAAUGACCAUGAUCAGAAUGAUAGUGAUGGAGGUGAUGAUGAACAUCAUGAUAAUCCCAUAACACAGGAGACUGUUAUUCCUACGUCCAAAAAUGUGGUUAUUCCACCAUCAUCAGAUAUGACACCAUUUUGGGAUGACAUCCCACACUAUGAGGCUGUUAAUUUUGAUUAUCCGAACAAAGACAUACUGGAUGUUGAAGGCUUAGGUCGUGGUCCGUGGACAAGAGGAGACGAAAUGUAUGUGAAACAAGAGUUCCGGUCGAAGAGCGAUGUUCAAGCUGCUAUAAAACAUUACUGCAUGAAUGAGCAUCAAGAAGUUGUAGUGGUUGAAAGUACUACCACGAAGUUGUCUAUGAAAUGCCAUAAGCAUGAAGAAGGCUGCAAUUGGCGAGUAAGGGCAAUUAAACCGAAGAAUAGCAACGGCUGGGUAGUCAUUAAAUGGGUUGGAAAACAUUCUUGUGUCAGCACAAUCCUUUCUCAAGAUCACAAACAACUUGAUUCAUAUUUUAUAUCUGAGGCCAUUCUAGACAUGGUGAAGGCUUCGCCGUCGGUGGCCGUUAUCUUGAUACAAGAACGGGUUACUGCCCUUUUUGGAUAUAAUGUUUCUUACAGGAAGGCGUGGAUGGGAAAGCAGAAAGAAAUUGCUAAGAUUUACGGAGAUUGGGACGAGUCAUACGCAUUCUUGCCAAGAUGGUUCGCACACAUGUUGAAUUUUUCUCCAGGGUCAGUUUACCAUAUUCAACAUGGACCGUGUGUCAUGAAUGGACAAGUUAUUACUGGGUCCAGGGUUUUUCAACGUGUUUUCUGGACUUUCGGUCAAUGUCGGGAGGCGUUUAAAUGGUGUAAACCAGUCAUACAGGUCGAUGGUACGCAUCUGUACGGUAAAUAUAAAGGGACAUUAUUGAUCGCCACAGUGCAAGAUGGAAACAAUGAGGUCUUGCCAAUCGCAUUUGCGGCGGUUGAAAGUGAAACAAAAGAUGCAUGGGAAUAUUUUUUGGCAUCCAUCCGAAUGCAUGUAACCAAUAAGACUGGUAUAAGCCUUAUUUCGGAUCGACACAAAAGCAUUUUAUCAGCAGUGGCCAAUCCAGACAUUGGAUGGCAACCUCCUAAUGCAUACCAUGUGUUUUUCCUUCGUCAUGUAGGGAGCAAUUUUAAUACACGAUUCAAGGAUCAAUACAUGAAGGGUUUUCUAAAGAAGCUAGGAUAUAUUGCAAAUAAAGACUACUUUGAUGUUGCGUAUGCCGAGUUCUACAGCAUUAGUCCAGAAGUCGCUGCAUGGAUUGAGGUUGUUCCAAAAGAGAAAUGUACUCGAAGUUACUACAAGUGUGGACGAAGAUAUGGUCACAUGACAACUAACUUGUCUGAAUCAGUGAACAGGGUUUUCAAGGGAGCGAGGAACAUGCCAAUAACUUCUUUGAAAGAUGUUGAGAUUGGAAAGCGUUUCUCAAAAACCAUUUCAGAAGCGAUGACAAAGAACAGUGAGAGGGCUACAUCGAUGCGUGUUCGGGAGUAUAACGUGGCGCGCACCUCAUUUGAAGUCGAUGACCAAGGAAAUACAUUUUGGGUUAACCUCAAUGAUGGGAAAUGCCAAUGUGGUAAGUUUCAAGCAUUCAAAAUUUCGUGUAGCCAUGUUAUUGCAUCAUGUAAGAAGGUAGCCCUUGAUGUUGAGCAAUAUGUGGAUCCGGUGUUCUCUGUAAACUCCAUUAUGCGUGUCUACUCUUAUCCAUUUCUGCCGAUUGGUAGUGAAGAUAGAAUUCCCCCACAUCCCAGACCAAAGCUUGUUCCUGAUGUCUCAAUGAUGCGUGGACAGGGGCGUCCUAAAUCUACACGUAUUCGCAAUGAAAUGGACGAACUUAAGGACCAACCAAUUUACUGA